AUGAAUAAAUAGAGACGUUAGAAAAUAUUACCAAUACAAUAGAUUUAGGCCAAACUGAAAUAGCUGAAACAAAGUAUAAGAGCUAGUGAGAUCAAGUCUUUGAGAUCAUCUUGUCUAUUCACUGAAACUACUCCGAAUGAGAAAUUUGAUAUUAUGAAACCCAAGCAGAAUCAUAAUAGCAGUGUAGAUGGGAGGACCAUGUACAUUAAGCCCACCUUCAAGAAGAAGAUGAAAACUACUAAAAGAAGUCCUCAAUCAAUGAAAGCUAAAACAAGCUCCAUUAUAACCCAAUCGAAAACUACUGUGUCACCUCAGAAACAUAUCAAAGAUAUAUUGCAAAGUUACAUCAAGAGCAAAUUCCCAAAAAGUAGAACCACAUCCAAAUCGAAAUCACCUUAAAAGUUAAAAAAAGUCUUAAGUCCCCAAUAAAGACAGAUUAGAAGUUAAAGCAAAAAGAAAUAAAAAUAGAAGUUGAAAACAACUGUCAGUCCCCAAAUGAAGAAAUCUAAGAAACAGAAAACGUAGGUGCAGUAUUAUCAACCUCAAAUAAGUAAGAUCAGUUCUAUCAGAUUAAACACCUUCUCUGUGAGUGAGGAUCCUCAUAAAAUGUUAUUGAAUUCAAUUAUUGAAGAAUUGUAAUUGAUGAAUGAGAAAUAAAUGAUUGAAUUAUAACAGUUUCUGAGAAAUAUCAAAUAAGAGAAGAAAGAUGAAGCCUUACAAACAAGUAUACAUGAAAAACUUGAUAUGCAGAAGUAACAUUAACAAUCCGCAUUUCAAGAGAGUCUCCCUUUAAAUAUCAUUAAUGAGAUAUGCCACCAAAGGGAAGAAGGCAUUAAACUUAGAGUCAAUAUGCAAAUGGAUGCAUUUAACAACCUACUCUAGUAACAAAAGAUCUCUCCUAGAUCUUUCAAUAAUAAUAAUCAAGUGCUUCAUUAAUGGCAAAACCAAUAAACUCAGAAAUUGCAUCAGUAUCAAGAACAACUCAAGAAUAUACAGAAUGUCACAAACAAAAUAUAAUCGAAAACCUAAAGGGACUUGUAGUGCAUAUAAGAAUUAUAAUUAAACAAAUCCAUCGUCAUCUAAUAGUUAUUAAAUUUCAUUCGAGUCUAGCUAUUUAGAUUAAUCAGAUCUUUAAUUAAGUACCCCAAAAGGAAGGACAUUAUUAUUGAUGUUGACUUUUAGCCACAGCAAAAUGAAGUUGAGAUUCAAACCAAUGUUGGAACCAUCAGUCUAUUCGUGGAACUUCUAUGUUAAUAUAUUAUAGGUACUAAAAUAAGAUUUAAAUUAGAAACCAACUUGAACUCAUUCAUAAAGAGAAUGAACUAUCCUUAUGGUUUACAGCCUUUCAGUAAAUUGCGACAAAUUCAUGGAUAUGAAGUAAUUGAGGAUGACAAAUAUCGCUAUCCUAUCUAGGAAUACAUCUUCACCGAAUUAUAAAAUAAGCAAAAUAGUUCCUUGUAUGAAAAGAUUCACAAUAGAGCGAUAUUUGACACCUUCAACGAAAUUCUGAAUCAGUAUCGUCCAUUUUAUUAUUGCAAUGGCCAGCCAUACCCUUGGGAAUACAAUAGGAAUCUUGUUGUCAUCCUAUAUAACAAUGAGAAUAUUCAUCAGUUGUUAGAGAAAGCCAAGGAUAAACUAAUAUUUUAUGCAUCGGUUUUAUGCGGAUUGAUUAAUGAUGAUGAAGAAAAUACUGAAUAAUUUUUAAAUUACGAGUAGGUCUUGUAGAAUUUAGUCAAUUCUGAUUAUUUGUCUCAAUUACGAAACGAACGAUUAUAGUUAUGUAUCAACAAUGAAUUACAAGAAUAUGAGUAUAUGUGGUCAUAUACAGAUACUACUGAAACCAUAGUUGAAAUAACAGAUCACAUUUUCGAAGAUUUAAUAAAUGAAUUAACACUUGAAUUAUUAUGA